UUAUUUGUUUACUUCCGGGUGUUGUUCGGCACGAAGACGUGUCCCACGCAAAUUCGUCUAGAGUCGAGAGAGUUCUUGAAACCUCUCACCAAAGAGGACGGAGUUUAAUUGGCAAGAUGUUGGACUACGCAAUUUUUGCCAUCACGUUUGUGGUCUUUCUGAUAGCUACCGUGUUGUAUCUGUACCCGGGUGCAAAUAAAAUCACCACCAUCCCAGGACUGGAGCCAUCAGACCCAAAGGAUGGUAACCUGGGUGACCUGGGCAGGGCAGGCAGUCUGCAUGAGUUCCUACUGAAGCUCCAUGCAGAGUACGGAGACAUCGCCUCCUUCUGGUGGGGGCAGCAGCUGGUGGUCAGUCUGGGGGCGCCGGAACUCUGGAAACAACAUGAACGCAUCUUUGACAGGCCACCUCUGCUUUUUAAAGGUUUUGAGCCUCUGAUUGGUGCCAAGUCUAUCCAGUAUGCUAACAGUGUGGAUGGUAGGACCAGGAGGAAGCUGUAUGACCCCAGCUAUGGGCACAACGCCAUGAAACAUUAUUACAGCAUCUUCCAAGAGUUGGGGCAAGAGAUGGCUAAGAAAUGGGAAUCUAUGAAGGGUGAUCAGCACAUCCCCCUCCAUGCACACAUCAUAGCCUUGGCAAUGAAGGCCAUCACUCGAAGCUCCUUCGGAGACGCCUUCAAGGAUGAGAAGGAGUGUGUUCAAUUCGGCAGGAACUACGACAUUUGCUGGAAUGAUAUGGAGGAGAGGAUCAAGGGAAGUUAUCCCACGGAAGGAAGUCCCAGGGAGAAAAAGUUUGAAGAAGCAAAAGGAAAGUUGCAUGCCACUAUUGCACGGGUGGCAAAGUACCGUCGAGAGAACCCUCCCCCACCCCAGGAACAACUCUUCAUCGAUGUUCUCAUUGAGGGGGACUUGCCCGAAGAGCAGGUCUUGUGUGAUGCUAUGACAUAUAUGGUUGGAGGGUUCCAUACUUCUGGAAACUUGCUGACAUGGGCCCUGUACUUCAUUGCCACCCAUGAGGAGGUAGAGGAGAAACUGUACCAGGAACUGAGCGAUGUCUUGGGGAAGAAAGGAGAAGUCACCCCUGACAACAUCUCACAACUAGUGUACCUACGACAGGUCCUUGACGAGUCGUUGCGCUGUGCCGUGGUUGCUCCAUGGGGGGCACGUUACAUGGACCUGGACGCUGAAGUAGGAGGCCACAUUGUGCCAGCCAAGACCCCAGUUAUUCAUGCUUUUGGAGUUGUCCUCCAAGAUGAGAGGAUUUGGCCAGAGCCAAACAAGUUUGAUCCAGAGAGGUUUGAUGCAGAGAACAUUAAGGGUCGUCACAAGUUGGCGUUCCAGCCGUUUGGGUUUGCAGGGGGUCGAAAAUGCCCAGGCUACAGGUUCACCUAUGUGGAGACAACUGUGUUCCUGUCCAUCCUGUGCCGACAGUUCAAGUUCCAUCUGGUGGACGGACAGGUGGUCACGCCGUGGCAUGGGCUCGUCACGCGCCCGCUCGACGAGAUCUGGAUCACGGUCACCAAGCGUGACUAGUGCCAACAGUUACCCUCCCUUUUUUGAGCUUAAGUCGACACUCAAAUAAUGUCUCUCUCUCGAUUUUGCAAUGCCUCCUUUGCAGAGCCAGCAGAAUUAAGACUGUGUGCACAAACAUGCAUUUCAAACACGUUCUCUGCUAUAAGUUUGUCCAUGAAUAUUCCAUGAUUCAUAGAAUGGCUGCAAUAUUAAUUGCAAAAAGAAGGUACAGUAGAAUGAAGAAGCAUGAUGAAGCUUCAUGAGUUGUUUCAUGGAUGUACUACUGUAUGCUUUUGAAGUUUGAGGUAUUCAGUAUAGGAAAAUGUCUACUGAUUGGUAAAAAUCAGUAGAGAAGUGUGUAAAAAAAAUCAGUCUCAGUGCAAUUGAUAUUGUUAAGUGCAGUAUGAUCAUUUCUGAAUCCGUAGGUACAUGUACAGUAAUAUGUUAUGUGCAAGAGGAAUUAUGUACUAGCUUUUUGGGGGCGGGAGAGGGGAGGGUUAAUAGCUUGAUCAUGAACAGGUAGCAUUCACUGCUACCAUGUAACAAGUGAAGCAUAGUAUUUUAAGCUACCAUAUAAUAUGAUAUAUCUGAUUCAAUUUCUUCCUUUUGUGGACUGUUUCGAGGGUGGUUCAAAAAGUAAUGCAAUGGGUCUUAUAAUAGGCUCAUUGUUUCAUGGAAUGAGUUGAAAUUUGGCACAAAAGUAAAGGCAUAUAUCAUCUUGAGAUUGAAAUAUCUCAAUUUGUUUUUCAGAUUUUUAGGAACAACUUAGUUGAUUUCAAGUUGACCACACCCUUGGAAGCUUCUCAGAAGAUCAGUUGCUCUAGAUCUGACCCACUUAUAACUACUGUAAGAAGCUCACAUUUUACUUGUAUAAUAGUGAAUGCCACUAUUAGGUUACAUGCCGAUUUUCAUUUCUGAACUCCCAAUGGUUCUUCCUUUACAGCAGCUAGAAUGGAUUGAGUUGCUAAAUUACUGGCAGUUUGAAUAAUAGCCAAAUACGUGAUUUGUUGAUUAAAGGGUUGAGUACACUGCCUUUUCAUUAACUAAAAGAUACACAAAUAUUAACUAUUUAAAGACCAAGAAGUUUGCUAAGUUUCAUUCUUCUCAGUUUAUAAAAGGGUCGUCUACGGAAAUUUUAAUCAGCCCACCCCUGAUCAACGACCCUGACAACCGCCCUCAUACAUUACUUCACCCCAGGAACGAAAAAAUUAAAACUGAUUGGACUUCAAAAAUGAAAAUAAGCAUGUGGCAUGACGAGAAAUGCAGCUUGGUUCAUUUGAAGUUUCAGUUUCUUACAAUAGACACGAGAGUCAGUGACAGUACCUAUUAAACGUUAAUUGAGCCUCUGAUUUCUUCCAACGGGCUAUCAAGGGUGUGGUCAUCAUGAACUCGACUAAGUAACUUAUAAAAUCCUGAAAAAGAAAUUUAGAUAUUUCAAUCUCAAGAUGAUAUAUGCCUUUACCUUUGUGCCAAAUUUCAACUCAUUCAAUGAAAAAAUGAACCUGUUGUAAGACCCAUUGCAUUACUUUUUGAACCACCCUCGUAUACUGACGCAACAGGCUCCUCUCCAGGGAUUCAUCAGGCAAUUAAAAAAAGUUAAAGCAGCCAAUCUCACACUGAGAACAAAGAUGCCUUUCCUAACCUAGUAGUGCAGUAUGAUACAGCCUUGCCACAGCUCACGUUUUCAGCAAACCACAGGAUCAUCCAUACUCAUAUUGAUGAGCCUGAGUCAGACAAGUCAGAGUGAAAGCUUAAGGUCAAUCUGAAUUUUCCAUCUGUUCCCAGGUGUAGGAGGACAUAUUAUAGAUGUAUGUGGGUGGGUGCAGUGCUUAUGUUCCCCUGAUUUAUUUAAUUGGCAUGGGGAGUUCUAAGGCGAUGUGUACCAUUAGGUUGAUACAGGAGCUGUAUCAUUGCCAGUGAAAAACGAAAUGAGUUACAGUUGGAGCUGAAUUUGUGCAGAGUUGCAGAUAUUUAUAGAGGGACAAGAUGAUGUGUGGCCAU